AUGGAAGAAGUUAUGAAAAUGCUCCAAAAAAUACAAAAAGAACUAGAUGAACAAAAAACGACUAUCGUCCAAUCAGCCGUAAAUGUUACAAAACAAGUUACGCAAAACAUAAAUCUCACACUAGAAGAAAAAUUUAAAAUAAUUGAGGAAAAACAUGAUUACCUUAAUGAAAAGUUGGAAAACCAAGAGAAAAGAUUGUACUUCCUGGAAAAACAGUCAAGAAAGAGGAACAUAGUAAUAUUUGGCUUGCCGGAGACAGAAAGAUCUUAUGAGAAUUUAGAAAAUAACAUUAUGAACUUCUUAAAUCACUAUUUAUCAAUAGGACUGGAGAGUAGAGACAUACAAGAAGCUAGAAGGAUAGGGAAGAAAGGAGUAAAGCCUCGGCCGAUUACUGUAACAUUUACUACACUGGGUACAAAAAUAAAAAUUUUUAAACAGAGAAAACUAUUAGAAGAUACCGCUUAUUAUAUAAAAGAAGACUUCCCACGGCACAUUUUAGAAAAAAGAAUGGAAUUACAAGAACAAGUAAAAUUAGAAAGAGAGAAAGGAAACUACGCCACCAUCAGGUAUGACAAAUUGAUAAUACGCCACAAAACCGCAGAAGUAUCAGAUACAAAGAAAAGAACUCUACCAACAUCACCGGAUGAUCAUAAUCCUUCACGAACAAAACAAAGAACACAAGUUAACAAGAAGAACAAAACUCAAACAGGGCUACAGAGAUCGUCAAGUUUGUCAGAAGGAGCUCUCAAACCAGGAAUACUCGGUUUUUUUACUAAUAAAAACCCUGAAAACUUACCAAACGAACAAGGCAACAACAUUAAAUUAUAG